AUGAUCAACCACGUGUUAGCGGUGUUAGUAUUGACGGCUGCUACAGCUGUUACCGGUGAGCUGCUGUGUUCUGAGCAAGAGUUCCAUGCCUUAGGAGGAUCCUUGCCAAGUCUCUCGUCCAUUUUGGAAUAUUCCACGUGUGUUCAUGGUGUAGUGCGCAACGAACCUUGUCCAGAUGGAGAGUAUUUUGACGGACCUGCUCACAAGUGUUCCGCCGAUGUGAGCUCGCUAAAACGACAUUUAGUAGCGGUGGCUGCCCAGUUUGAGGAACUGUGCGAUAAUCCCAAUCUAGUGCAAAUCUUUCCCCAUCCAACGAGCUGCUCCGAAUACGUUAUCUGCUUCGGUUCAGUUCCGAUUAUGCAAACUUGCGCCAACGGGUUGCUGUUCAACCCGCAGCUCAACACCUGCGACAUUCCAACGAACGUAGUUUGCGGAUUUAGCUGCCCGGCCGAAGAUGAUCCGAACAAUCCGGUGUGGCUACCGGAUUCUAGAUUGGAAGAUUGUGCUAGGCAUUAUCUGUGUUUCCAAGGCGAACCGAAUCUUUUCCUAUGCCCGAACGAUCUCUACUUUGACAUGGAGACGCGAACCUGCACAUUUCCGCAAUUCGCGUCUUGUUACGUGCCGGGCGUUAUCUGCGACGUACUUGUUACAGAGAACAUCCCGAAUCCGAGAAGUUGCACCAGCUUUUACAGGUGUUCGUUGGGAUUUCCGCACUUCCGAACGUGCAGAUCCAAUGAGUACUUUUCGGAGGCGUUGGGAACGUGUGUGGAAGGAGAGUGUCCUCCUAUGACUACGACGACUGCUACCACUGUCUUUACGUCGACUACAGGAGUGUCCUUAAGCACGCUGACUACCAACGAGUUUACAACUACUACGUCCAUUCCUCCAAGCACGCAAACACCAACUGGAUCAACUGAUCUACCUUCCACAGUGAUCACGUCAACAACGGAGAUUCCUCCAAGCACGCAAACACCAACUGGAUCAACUGAUCUACCUUCCACAGUGAUCACGUCAACAACGGAGAUUCCUCCAAGCACGCAAACUCCAACUACUUCCACAGAAAUGCCUUCCACAGUGGUCACGUCAACAACGGAGAUUCCUCCAAGCACUCAGACUACUACGGAUUUGACAACCGAAUCGGCUCCCACAGAACUGCCGACAACAUUAGAACCAACGCAGACCGAAACGCCACCACCAACGGUGACUGACACGACUACCGUUGAUUUUAGUACAACAACAGAUUCCACCUCCGUAGAUUUUAGCACUACAACGACCACGCCGUUACCAUCCACGACCUUUGAGCCGCCCACAGCCACCGACCCAACGACAACAAGCACCGUUGUGGAAACGACCUUCCCUGAGCCUACGGAAACAACUGCUGGGACCGAAUCAACGACUUCUGAACCUGUGACACUACCGACUACUGAAGAGAUAACCUCGACGGAUGAACCUACAACUGUAACCACACCGACCACAGUCGAGUCCACUACGACCUCCACGGAGAUGGUCACCAUUGACCCGAACGAGGUUUGUGCGAAUUACCCAGGCAUUGGAGCUCUGCCCUACCCCGACAUCUGCUACAUGUACAUCGUCUGCGUGAACGGAAAUGGUAUCGUUGCCACAUGCCCGAGCAACCAAAUAUUUAACCCCAUCAUCUUAACGUGCGAACCUGGCAAUCAAGAGACCUGUACGUUGGGCUUUUCUGGCCAAUGGUGA